AGCCAUUUGGGCUCAAAGAGAGUGCCCAUGGGCUAGGGCGAGCCAUGUCGACCAUGCAGGAAGCUUCCGACUUGUCGAAGCUCAAAGAAGCGGCAGGUGAUGACGCGGCUUUGGAUACCCUGUCAAUCUACACCAUCCGGCUGCUUGCAGCCGACAUGGUGGACAAGGCGUCUUCCGGGCACCUGGGCACGCCCUUCGGCUGUGCGCCCUUGGCCAACGCGCUCUGGGGCAAGAUCAUGCAUUUCUCGCCUUUCCAGAGGUGGUUGAACCGGGACCGCUUUGUGCUGUCGGUGGGCCAUGCGAGCGCGCUGCUCUACGUGAUGCUGCACCUCACGGGCAACGGUCUCGGAGGGCAAUAUGUAGUGUCCAUGGAGCGUCUCAAGCAGUUUCGCCAAGCAGGCAGCAGCACGCCUGGGCACCCGGAGUUCCGUAUGACCAGCGGCGUGGAGGUCACCACUGGCCCGCUGGGCCAAGGCUUCGCCAACGCCGUAGGCAUGGCCAUCGCUGAAGCUCACCUGGCUGCGCGGUUCAACAAGGAAGGCUUUCCGCUGUUUGACAACUACACCUAUGUGUUGGCCGGUGACGGAUGUCUCAUGGAAGGCGUCAGCCAAGAGGCCGCAUCCUUGGCAGGCCACCUGAAGCUGAGCAAACUCAUCGUCUUCUACGAUGACAACAAAAUCACCAUCGACGGCGGCACGAAUCUGGCCUUUAGCGAGGACACGGCCACCAUUUUUGCAGCUAAAGGCUGGAACGUGAUCCAGCUGCCGAAUGGAGACUCCCACGACCCCAGGAUUUUUGAGAAGGCCGUGGAGGAGGCCAAGUCCCAAACGGAGAAGCCGAGCAUCAUUGUGAUGCGGACCACCAUCGGCGCGGGGGCGGGUCCAAACGUGGAGGGCAAGAGCAAGGCCCACGGCGGGAAGUUCGCAAACCUGGAGGAGAUUCGCGCAAAGUACUUCUCGCCUGACGGCCUUCGCAAGAGCGGCCAGGCGGUCGACAAAAAAGUAGCGGAGAUGGUGGAGUCUGAGAUGGCCCGCAUCGGGGAGAAGGUGCUUCCCAAGUUCUUCGUGCCUUCGCAGGUCGAACGGAAGUUCCGUCAACGUGGGGACGAGGGGGACCAGAUGGCCUGCGCAUGGAACCGCAUGGUCGGCAAGUACUGCCGAACCUUCCGUGAGUCUGAGCCAAACUUGGUCCAGGACUUGGAGGACCGUAUGCACGGCAAGUACCUCUCUGACAAUUGGCGCAAGGAUUUGGAUGAAUACCUCCGAAAGGAGAUGAAGAUCCUGGAUGCCAACCUGGGUACCUUGUUGAACCAUGCAGAGGUGAGGGAGGAGGAGGUAGCACCACCGCCCUUCAAGCGUCUCAAGUCGGAUGGCGCCUUGGGCUUCAAGCAAAAGGCCGGCAGGGUCUAUGCGUCGGAGGUCCUCAAAUGCCUGGUGCAGAACAAUCCGGCCAUCAUGGGAGGAGCAGCGGAUGUGGCCUCCUCCUGUGGCGUCCACUUCCCCGAGCUCCAGGGCCACUUUCUGCCGGCCAGCCGGGCCCCGGGCCUGGCCAAGGCCAGCUACGCCGGCAGGUACAUUCACUUCGGGGUGAGAGAACAUGCCAUGCUGGCGAUCUUGAACGGUGUGUGCUCCUACUCACUGAUUAUCCCCUACGGCUGCACCUUCACCGUCUUCUUCCAGUACGGCCUGCCGGCCAUUCGCAUGGCGGCCAUCUCGAAGUUCCCCAUCUUUUACAUCGGCACCCAUGACUCCAUCGACGUGGGGGAGGACGGUGGGGUUCCAAAGCAGCCCAGCUGCGUCCUUGAGAAGGACGGGCCUACCCAUCAGCCAGUGGAGGUGCUUCCUCAACUCCGGGCAAUGCCCAACCUGCUGGUGGUCCGCCCCGCGGACGUCAGCGAAACCGUAGGUGCCUUCGAGGUGUUGGGGGACCAGUACGCCAACUUCCGGGACAUCAGCCAGUACGUGGAUCCGAAGCCCUUGGCUCGGCGCCCGGUGUUCCUGAUGACCUCUCGGGGAGAGCUGGGCUUUCCCUAUAAGCCCAACGCCGGCAUCUCCGGCCGGGAGGGCGUGAAGCGGGGGGCCUACGUGGUGCACGACUGCUUCGAUGUGCCGAUGGAUGACCCGGCGGCUGGCCUCGUGAAGCUGCCUACGGGCGCGCGCGUGCCAGACAUCAUCUUGAUCGGCAGCGGCCAGGAUGUGGGGCUGUGCAUGAAGGCAAAGGAGAUCCUUCUGAAGUGGUCCAGCAGCUUCUAUGAGCAGCUCCACAAGAGUUUUGACGGACCGGUGCCUCUGCCGGUCUCUCACAACCAGCCGUGCCUGAAGAUUCGCAUCAUCUCUAUGCCUUGCUGGGAACUGUUCGAUGAGCAGGACCAAGACUAUCAAGAGUCUGUCUUGCUUUCAAACUACACAGACGUGCUUUCGAUUUAUGUGGAGAAGGCGGCUACCAAGAACACGGGCCAUGACAAGUAUGCUCAAUACAGCGUUUUGAUGCCCUCCUUUGGCCUGUCGGGCAAAGGUGCUGAUGUUGAGCGCAAGCUGGAAUUCACUGAAGAUUUCGUAGCCUCAAAGGUCUGGGCUGCGUGGAUCGAUCGCGGCAGGCACGUCCAAGUUGCCGCCGACACGGGCGAUCGUGGUUUCAGCACGUGGGUUUCUCGUAUGGCAAGGCGCGUUGGAGGAAAUUGAUAUGCAAAUGUCCUCUUGCCUUGCCUGUUCAUACAAGUUUUUUCCUGGGCUCUGACGGUGCUGCUUUGCUUUUCUUUUCAAGCGAAGUAGAGGCCGGAGUCCUCUGACAGUCGGCUGUAGCAAAGGCCGUUGAAAGAGUCAUUCGGAAUAGAGGUUGGUCGUGCG